GUGUGCGUGGUCACACAAAGUGCCACCGAAUACCAAAAAAAGUCUGCUUGAAAGCUUGGGAGAGCUUGAGAAAACCACAGUGGAGAGUUGUUUUUGGAUAUAUUGGACGCAAAGUACUGCCGCCUCUGCUCGAGAGAUUCAUAUGGCUUGAAGGGUGGAGCUGGAACGUGGCACUUUUACAUACAUGGAUCCAUUAAACCUCUCCUGGUACAGUGGUGACAUCAGCAACAGGAAUUGGAGCAAGCCACUCAAUGAGUCAAAUGCAGACCAGAAGCCUCAGUACAACUAUUAUGCCAUGCUGCUCACUCUCCUCAUCUUCGUUAUUGUUUUCGGCAAUGUGCUGGUGUGCAUGGCUGUGUCCAGGGAAAAAGCCCUUCAGACUACCACUAACUACCUGAUUGUCAGUCUGGCAGUGGCAGAUCUCUUGUUGGCACUUCUGGUCAUGCCUUGGGUGGUCUAUCUGGAGGUGGUUGGUGAGUGGAAGUUCAGUCGAAUCCACUGUGACAUCUUUGUAACGCUUGAUGUUAUGAUGUGUACUGCCAGUAUCCUCAAUCUCUGUGCCAUCAGCAUUGACAGGUACACAGCUGUAGCAAUGCCAAUGCUGUACAACACCCGUUACAGCUCAAAGCGCAGAGUCACUGUCAUGAUUGCUGUGGUCUGGGUGCUUUCAUUUGCCAUCUCCUGCCCAAUCCUGUUUGGCCUCAAUAAUACAGAUGAGAAGGAGUGUAUUAUUGCCAAUCCUGCCUUCGUUGUGUAUUCCUCUGUCGUCUCUUUCUAUGUUCCCUUCAUCGUCACCCUGCUGGUGUAUGUACAGAUUUAUAUAGUGCUCCGGAAGCGCAGGAAGUGCGUCAACACCAAGCGCAGCACCCAUGCCCUGGAUUCUAACACCCAGGCCCCGCUGAAGGACAAAUGCAUGCAUCCAGAAGACGUGAAGCUCUGCACAGUUAUUGUGAAGUCCAAUGGGAGUUUCCAAGUUAAUAAGCGCAAAGUGGAGGCAGAGAGUCACAUAGAAGAGAUGGAAAUGGACAUGAUGUCCAGCACCAGUCCUCCCGAGAAGACUACUUUCAAACCAGCUGCACCAAGUAACCAUCAGCUGAUUGUGCCAGUUGCUUCCAAUCAGUGCACCAAUUCAACUGUGCAGGCAACCUUGGACAGCCCUGUGAAAGUAGAGAAAAAUGGACAUGCCAAAGAAACCCUCCAAACAGCCAAGGUCUUUGAGAUUCAGUCUAUGCCCAAUGGAAAGACAAGGACCUCUCUCAAGACUGUGAGCAGGAGGAAACUGUCACAACAGAAGGAAAAGAAAGCCACUCAGAUGCUGGCCAUUGUACUUGGUGUUUUCAUCAUCUGCUGGCUCCCAUUCUUCAUCACUCAUAUCCUGAACAUGCACUGCGAUUGCAACAUCCCCCCAGCAAUGUAUAGCGCCUUUACAUGGCUUGGAUAUGUCAACAGUGCUGUCAACCCAAUUAUUUACACCACCUUCAACAUUGAAUUUCGUAAGGCUUUCAUGAAGAUCCUCCAUUGUUAAAAGAAAAAAGCAGUAACCGCAUUUUUAGGAACGACAGAAAAUAAACCAAUGCCAUGCACGCACACAGACAAAUUGGGAGCCAUAGGGAGAUCUCAAGCUCUUGUAUUGGGCACCAGGCCUACAGUGUUACAACUGUGCCAUGCCCCAUGCCUCUUGGUCAGGAUGUAACCAUGACCUUCAUGUGAGAGGUUAUCUCAUUCCUCGAGCUGACCUUUGGACUCUGGGAGACCAAUCCCAAGGGCACUUUUAAGAGCUACCCUCACACUGUGUUUAAAACAGAAGCAAAACCUGAGAGAUGCUCACUUGCUACUUGCCUGUGGCCAGCUAACCUUGAGUGCAUUAAAUACAGACACUUGCAGAGCCUCGUGCAGGCAGCGAUGGGUCACUGCCACGGUUGGCUUAUGUGUUUUAUCAUUGAUACAGUCCUCACCAAAGACAAGUCCAUCUUUUCCGCUUUGCGAUAGGAGCCAGACAGAGCUUGCGGAAACCCCAUGCAAUGGCUUUGCCUUCCCCCUCAGCCGACUUGUUC